AUGGCAUUUACUGGAAUUGCAGCUACAUUACUUCCAAAUGGCAAAACUGUACAUAAAACGUUUGGAUUACCAGUACCUAUGUUUCAAGAUUCUUCUUCAAAUAUCAAAGCACAAUCUCUUGAAGCUCAAGUACUAAGAGAAACCGAAAUAUUUAUUUGGGAUGAAAUUUCAAUGGCUCCGAGAUAUGCAUUGGAAAUUCUAGAUAAAACUUUAAAAAAUUUUAUGAACAAUGAUUUGCCAUUUGGAGGAAAAACUAUAAUAGUUGGAGGAGAUUUAAAACAAUUGUUACCAAUUAAAGUUCGAGGCACUCGAAGUGAAAUAUUAAGUCUUUGCGUUAAAUAUAGCGCACUGUGGAAACACUUUAUUAAAUUUACUCUAACGACAAACAUGAGAGUUUUACCAAAUGAAAUAGAAUUUUCCAAAUUUUUAUUAAAUGUUGGUCAUGGAACAUUGAAUGAUCAAAAUGACUGUGUAAAUCUCCCUGAACAUUGCAUACUUCCUCCAACUGCUAAUAUAAUUGAAAGUAUAUUUGGUAACUUAAUUUGGGAAAAGAAAUUUCAAGAAAUGAGUAAAUGUGCCAUAUUAUCAGCCAGAAAUGUGGACGUAGACGAUAUUAAUAAACAAAUAACUAAUUUAUUCAGCAAAGAUUUUGAACGUAUAUAUACUGCUAUUGAUACCGUUGUAAAUAAUAACGGUGAAUUAGACGACCUUAUUUUACCAGAACAUUUGCAUAAUUUAAAUCCAUCAAGUUUACCACCUUACGAAUUACGCUUGCCAAAAAAUUGUACUGUAAUGCUAAUUAGGAAUAUCAGUAAUGAUGAAGGCUUGUGCAAUGGAACGAGAUUGCAAAUACUAGAUUUAUCGAAUCAUUUAAUAAAAUGUAAAAUUUUAACAGGUAAUAAAGCUAACGAAAUUGUCUUUAUAAAUCGUAUAACUUUGUAUAGUGAAAAUUAUUAUCCAUUCACAUUCAAGAGAAGACAAUUUCCAAUCAAACUAGCUUUUGCAAUGACUAUUAAUAAAGCUCAAGGACAAACUUUUAAAAAAACGGUUGUCGACCUUCAAAAAGACGUAUUCAAUCAUGGUCAACUUUAUGUAGCAAUGUCUAGAGUUAGAUCUUGGGAUUCUAUCAAAAUAUAUUUAGGAAAUUAUACACAAACAAGAAAGGUUAAAAAUUAUGUUUACAAAGAAUUAUUCUUGGAAUAA